AUGGCAGAGACCACUCAUUGUGCUAACUGUAUGGGAUUUGAAAAGAAAUCUAAUGCAACAGUAUGGUGUCAAAACUGUACAGUAAAGAUUUGCUUAGCGUGCGCAAAAGUUCAUCGCCAGUUCAAACCUCCACAUAAAGUUGUACAAAUAGACGACGAUGCUUAUCUCCUUUCCUCCAUCAUAAAAGAAUCAAAAUUCUGUGAUUAUCAUCCAGAUGAAAAAGCUGUUUUAUUUUGUUGUCAGCACGAUUCAGUAAUAUGCAGUCUAUGUGUACCUAAGUCACAUAAAAAAUGCGAUCAUAUUAUACCGAUUGAAAGCGCAUCAAGGGGAGUUAAGUCUGCAACAUCAUUACAGGACAUAGAGAGACGAAUUAAACAUCUUAAUGAAGAAAUGUUAAAAAUUACAUUUGAGUUGAAAAAUUCAUGCACUGGCUUAUUGGACAAAGAAGAAGAAAUCAAAUCAAUCAUUAAAGUUUUCCGGAAAAAAGUUAAUGAAUAUUUUGAUAAAAUUGAAAAAGAACUUUUUGAAGAAAUGGAUAAAAUAUCUAAUCAUUGUCAAAUAUGUAUGGGUCAACAGAUAUCAAAACUAGAAGCAGAAUGUGCAGAAUUAACCGGUUACAGUGAUUUUAUUUCAGAUUUGAAAGAGGAAGGAUCUGAAAUUGAUUUGUUUCUGACGAUUAAGAUGCUAGACAAAAAAACACAUGACCAUGAAAUACAUAUUCAAGAGCGAGCGACAGUUUAUUCAUUCGAUUUUUUGCCACUGGAAACGCUUACCGAAUUUAACACAACUAUUCCAUCAUUUGGGAAUAUACGAUGCACAAAUAAACCAUCAUCUAUACCGUCCAUUAGACAAACUGAACAACAAGGUCAAUGUCUUGCUCACCCCGAUGACCAUAACAUCCAAAUGAUUUCAACAUUUAACAUUGAUAAGUUACUGGGUGAAAAUUUAUCAGUUUCAGAGUCACACUUUUUACCAGAUGGAAACAUCAUUCUAAGUUUUAUUGAUAAAAAAAAUAUUAUCGUUUGUGAAACUGACGGGUCUGGUUUAGAAAAUUUUAAAUUAAAUUAUGAACCAAAACGAAUAGCUGUUUUCGAUAGAAAAAGGGUCGUUACUUUAAGUGAAAAAGGUGUAGCUUUUAUUUCACUAAAACCACUCCAAUCGGGCCAAGGGAUCUUACGAGGUGGUCCUUUCUAUGCAAUAUCGUGCUCAAAAGACAUUAUUUGUGUAAGCAGCCGCCUCAAGUUGACAUUAGUUAAUAUAGAUGGCCAAAUCAUCCGAAAAAUGAAAGUUAAUUUCGAUCCAAGGGACAUCUUCUUAUGCGAAGACCGACAUAUUUACUGCUCACUUGUUAUACGACCGGAAAUUAACGUUAUAGAUCCAGACGGAAAAUCUAGAUCCAUCCAUCGUGAUGAAUAUCUGUUGAAUGCAAAAGGCAUGGUUGUCAAUGAUAAUGGUGACGUGUUUUCAUGUAGCAGUAAAUACAAUUGUGUCUUUAAGAUGUGCCAAAACGGACAUGAUGGAAGUAAAAGUACUGUGAUAUUAAAUGUUGCAAAUGACGUUUCUGAUAUUUCUGGAUUUGAUUUUUGCAUUGAAUCGAAAGAGUUCUUAGUCAUAAGUAAUCAUGGCAAAUCUGUCAGUGUUUUUAAAUUGCGGCGAACGUAA